AUGGGAAAUAUAACCAAGAGGGGGAGCAGAAGCCUGGUGGUGGACAGGGCCAAGUCGCUGGAGGAUAACCCAGUCAUUGCUCUGCACACCAAACUCUAUGAAGCCAUAAUCAAAGAAGACUGCCCUACCAUCAUGGCACUCCUCAGGCACCACCCAGUCAACCAGCCACUGACCAUUCUGUCCAACUCCACCAGCUACAGACUGCUUCUGAGCCAGCAGACACAGUCCAUCAUCCCCAUCCAUCUGGCCACCGAAUACCACAAGCCCCAGAGUUUGCUUUGCUUGUUAAAACACGGGGCUGACCCAGAAAUAAGGGCAGCGGGCCUCACGACGCUUCACCUGAUGCUGCUGCACUGGCCGGUCACCUCCAUCACGUGGGCAAAGCCAUGCCUCCGUGUCCACAGGAUCCUCACAGACAUCCAGAACAAUGCUGUCAAAUGCCUCCGCAUUUUGUGCGAGCACGGAGCUCAAGUCAAUGCCCGGGUAGACAACGACAACAAAGACUCACCCCUUCACCUGGCCAUCACAUAUGGGACCUACCCCAUCCUCUCCAUUUUGGCCCAAAGUGGUGCCCAGGUCAACGCUACAAAUGAAUCUAGCAUGACACCCCUGCACAUGGCGGCAGAAAUACUGAAUAAGGACAUGAUAGAAACGCUCAUUGUGUGCGGUGCCAAUGUGAACUGUGCUGUCCCUUCCACAGGGAACACGGCCCUGAAGCUGGCUGUGCGUACCGCAUCAAGCAAAGCAGGCCAGCUGCUGGCAGCGGGGGUAGGCUGCAUCCGCCUGCUGUUGACACACGGAGCCAAUGUCAAUGUCCAGGACCAUGAAGGGAAAACAGCUCUCCACCAGGCGUGUUUUGGGGGCAGAGAGGCAAUCAUCAACCUCUUGCUGGAAUUUGAGGCGAACGUGAACAUUUUAACAAGGAAUGGGGAGUCCCCAGUUUACGUGUACCUUCAGCGCAGUGCCAACCUCAGAGACAUGACACUUCUUACCAGGCUACUGGGUCGCACCUACCCGCUAAGACUGACCAAUAAGCAAGGAGUUUUGCCUACAGGAAUCACCCUGCCAGAAUUCCAGCUCUUAAAGGAAACCCUGAUAACAUUAUCUCAAAAGCCUUUAUCCCUGGAGGACAUCUGUAAAAGACAAGUCAGAAAUAUUUACGGAGAGAAAUACAAACACCACCUGAAGCAACUUCUCCCACAGAAAAUAUGGAACUCAGUGUACUACUGUUAUGACUUAGUGUACCUCUUGCAGUAAGGACCAGAGACUCAAGGCACUGCCAGCUUCGAUUUUAGGCUAUAUGUGCACCCAAAAAGGCUCGGCCCAUUACUCCUACACCCCAGUGAACAAACUAUUGGUUCUAGAACCUUUUUCAGAAAAUAAAGUGAUUUGUGCAUCAACUCUUGAUUUUGAUUUUU